ACAAACAACCACUUCUCGAUCGUGUACAAACGGAUUUUUUGCGGAUCUUUCAUUUUUGGAUUUCUGAUGUCGUUCCGCCCGACGCUUCCUUUGCACAAGAAGUCGAGCACAGCAUGGCUAGCACGACAAUCCCGUGACCCUUUUGUCAAAGCGCGCCUCUCCUCACCAUCAUCCUAUCGUUCACGCGCUGCCUACAAGCUCAUCGAGCUCAAUAACAAGUGGGGGUGCUUCCUCUCACGUCCUAGCCUGCGCAGUGUCGUGGACCUUGGUGCAGCUCCAGGCGGCUGGAGCCAGGUUGUCGCGGAAAACUUUGGGUGGACUCAUGAAGCGGCAGACAACGCAGAAGACUUCGGGUUACGCGAAGAAACGAAGGUGCAGAAACGCGGUUCCUGGAGCACCGAACCUAUGAACAAGACUACCAGGCGAGGAAAAAUUGUUGCACUAGAUCUGCUACCGAUUAUGCCAAUACCAGGCGUGCAGACGCUGCAGAUGGACUUUCUAGCUCCGGGUUCGGCGCGUAUCGUACGGGAUGCGCUGAAGAGUCCACGAAAUCCUGAGGGUACAGCGGAUAUCGUGUUGAGUGAUAUGGCUGCGAAUUUUUCGGGAAGUAAAAUACGAGACUCACAAAUGAGUUUGGACAUCUGUCAUGCGGUCUUCGAUUUUGCAAAAGGUGCAUUGACUGUUAGGACAGUAGAUGAACGAGGGAAGGCGUCCUGCGGCGGGAUACUGCUGUUGAAGCAUUUUGCUCAUCCAUUACUGCAAGAGUUCAGAAAGGAACAUCUAGAACCUAACUUCCACCUCGUACAUUAUAUCAAACCGGAGUCAAGCCGGGCUGACUCUGCAGAAGGUUACUGGCUGUGUCGCGGUUGGCUGGGUAGGACUUAAUCGGUAUCCUUGGGCAGGCAAACCCGCUUUCGACACUAACAUUAUUACGCUCUAUCGGUCCUUUAUCACAAGUCAGGUACAUGGGCACGUAUUUGUAUA